AUGCAGCCCAAUUUUCAAAUGCCCUAUAUGAUGCAACCGAAUUUCGGCAUGCAAUACCCUUAUCUUCCUUACGGUUAUCCUCCAGUUCCGGGAAGCAGCUAUGUUCACUCUCAUAUGAAUUGUCCUAACACGGAGUCGAGUGACCCAGCGACACCCCGGUUUAGUAGCGGGUCUACAGAUAUCCCAGAAUUUUUCACUCAAAUGUCUUUGGGAAAUAUUGGUGGGGAUACUCCCCACAGUUUUCUACCUCCAACCCAACAAUCAGCAAAGAGAUCAAGUUAUGAUAUUGGUGGGGAUACUCCCCACAGUUUUCUACCUCCAACCCAACAAUCAGCAAAGAGAUCAAGUUAUGAUAGUUGGACCACCGAAGACAACAUACUUUUACUAACUGGUUAUUUUCACGUUAGUAAUGAUAGUGAGUUGGGAAACAACCAAAAGGGUGAAACUUUCUGGGGUAAAAUUACACAGUACGUUAAUGAGAACGCCAAAAGUGGAAAAGAGAGAACCGCGGCUAAGUGCCAGAGUCAUUUCAAAGACAUCAACAAAAAGAUAUCCAGUUUCAUUGGCUGCUACAGUACUGUAUGUAGGGAGAACCGUAGCGGUUGGUCCGAUGAAAACUACAUAUCCAAGGCAAGAGAGUUGUACUUUGAGAAAAUGGGUAUGACGUUUAAUUUGGUGGAUGAGUGGAAGGUGGUUCGUAAUCAACCCAAAUAUAUGACAGGAGGAAAUGCAUCGGGUAGUAGUGGCUCUAAAAGAAAGAGUAGUGGUGAGGAUGUUGAAUCAUCAACUCCUACCCUUGUACGUCCAGAGGGUAGGGACGUGGCAAAGAAGAAAGCUAGAGCUUCCUCUAGUAAAACAUCUGUUUCAAGGAAAUCGAAGGGGGCAAUUGAGGAGGACUUAUCUAAAAGCUAG